AUGACAGACACCAAAGGCAAAUCAAGGCAUGAAUCUCAGAAAGCGCGCAAGGAAAAACGACAGCCUCUGACCCAUUUUCUUUGUCUACCUCUGAUCAACACUACUUCAAUUACCCAACUGGAUUCCUCCCUCACAGGUUUCAAAACAGCUCAUCUGCCUGGCCCCAGGUCAACUUCUCCAGCAUGUCCCAACGACCAAGCCAGCACCUCGCGUUUGAUCAUACCCAGCAGCGCAUUCCGCCCAUUGGGAACCCUCCAUCUUACACUCGGGGUAAUGAGUCUCUGCAACAAAGAGCGCCUGGAACAGGCUAUAUCCUUCUUUCGAUCUCUCGACUUGAAAGCCCUGAUCAGUGAGGCCGAUCAAGUCGCUGCUCGAAAGAGAAACACCCAUAAUCCAUCAGAAUCAUCGGCAUGUACCCAUGUGGCAGAUCAAGACCAGCCUCUGAUUGUCUCACUUGAGUCAUUACACGCGCUCCCCAGUGCCAAAUCUGCAACUAUUCUACAUGCCUCUCCAGUCGACCCCACAGGCCGCUUAUACCCGUUUUGCGUGAUGCUUCGGGACAAAUUCAUUGGAGCUGGAUUUAUCGAAAAUGAGGCUUCAAAAGCUCAUGCUAAAGAAAAAACGCACCAAAAAUCCUCUACCUAUGACAACAACGUAGCAAAUAGGUCUACCCCGUUACUGAAUCUCCCAACUUCUCCGCCAGCAGAGCAAAAGCCAGAUUCGCCAGCAAAUGUGGACCCAUAUACAGCCGCUUUGUCCCGAAAGCCCAAACCCCGGCCGCUUCUAUUGCAUGCCACCCUCGUCAACACAAUUUACGUCCCUGGUCGGCAGAAUGUCCAAAGUAAAGGCACAGAGAGGAACAAACCGCCAAAACGCAUCACGUUCGAUGCUCGCGAUCUAGUCUCCCAGUACAAGGAUUACUACACUGACGAGACACGGGCCAAUGCACGACCGGUAAACUUCGAAACAAAGGACCACCCUGAAUCAUCCUCCUCGGUUGCCAACGGUAACAGCAAGCAACCCAAAUCCCCGGGACAAAAUUUACACUCAGUGGAUUCUCGGCAAUCGAACCCUACCUACCCCUUCGUCUGGGCGAAAGAUAUUGUUUUGGAUACAGUCUGCAUCUGCGAGAUGGGGGCAAAAAAGAUCCCUUCGCAUCUCAGUGUCACCAGUAAUCAUGACUUGGACAAUCGCCUCGGCGAGAAGUACACGGUUGUGUCUGAGAGGAGUCUGGGUGAUAAGUAG